GGCUGCUUGUUUUAAAAACCGGCGCCAUCUUAAAAUCAGUGGAAUUUUGAAAAUCAAAUAGAUUUAUCUGGAUCGGUUUUACAAUGUAUAAAGAUGAGGAAAUGUAUGAGAGAAUCUAUAGGGAUGAGUUUAUGUGACUUCUUUCCGAUGAAGAAGCGUAAACUUUGCAAGACGCCAAAUGGCCCUUCUCGGCGAAGUGCUUCAACGCUCGGUAAAUAGAAAGUGUGUGUAAAAAUGUCUUGGUUAAUAGUGGUUGUGAUCAUGUGAUUUUAGGUUUUGUUUUAUAUCACACAAGGUUUAUUUAAAUAUUGUAUAGUUUUAUAUAAAUACUUUUAGGUUUAUUUAAAUAUUGUAUAGUUUUAUAUAAAUACUUUAUAUACUAUCAUUCGUAUCAUGAAUUCAUGGAGCAAUUAGCAAUACUAUUUUAUAUAUAGAAAUUUACCAUUGCCGCGGUACAGUUCUAGAAUACCCAUUUGGUCUUCGGAUUCGGUCAUGCUUGUUACAUGACUAUGUGGCUGCAUGGAAAUGAUGGAAUCAAUUUUUGUUGAAUAACCUGAAUAGAUCGGUCACCACGAUCAGGUUAUAGGGAAGGGUUUGGAUAUGGGUCAGGCGGUAAAUAAUUUAUCUUUACUACAAGAAUGUUACUGUAUGUACCAUUAGAACAACAUCGAAGCUUUGAAUUGGCCUGGUAUUCUAUAAUUGCUCUGUCAUUCAAUGCUUGACCUGUAUCCAAACCCUUCCCAGAAGGCUGACCUACCUAAAUAAAAUUUGAUUACAUAUAGCCAUGUAAUGGAUGUGUGUUCUACAGGGUAUAAAUUAAAAAAACGUAGUCGAACUUUAGCGCGCUAUUGUAUCUGAAUUACUAUGCGUAUGAACGAGAUUUUUUCACAUUUGGAAAGAUUGGGCUUUUAGCUGUUGAGUAACAUGUUCUUCAUGCCAAAUGGAUAAAAAAUGAGCAAAUACGAAUCCAAUAAAAAAUGUUAGUCAGAAUCGCAUAUUUUCACCGUUGAGAGUUGGGUCUAAAACGAUUUAAAAUGAACCCUCUUUGGUACUUAUUAUACUUAAGUUGAUGAAUUUCACUUUAAUAAACGACGCACAUAUUCAUAAUUAUAUUUAUUAAGUAGGAAUAAAUCUUAGCUAAGCUACGACAUGUUCCUGAUUAAUUGCUUUUCUUUUUGUUAUGCAUUUUUUUAAUUAGGCACAAAGGUGAAAAUAUGUGAUUUUGACUAACAUUUUUGAUCGGCCUCGUACAUGCUUAUUUUUUCUCCAUUUGGAAUGAAAAGCAUGUCAUUCAAUUGCUAAAAGUGUGAUCAUUCCGAAUGUGAAAACCAAUUGUUCGUACGCUGAGUGAUUCACAUAUAAUAGCGAGCUGAAGUUUGAUUACCUUUUUUUAUACACCCUGUAUAAUACACGCUUCCUAAAAGUGUGUCACCUUGGCUAUACAGUCUCGUUUUCGUGAUGUGAUAUUGGACUUUAAUUUAACAAAUAUACACAAUAUGUCAUAUAGUAUACACGAAAAUGAGGCGCCUCUAUGGCCAAAAUUACAUAUUAAUUUCCAAAUGAGUGUAUAUUGUACCUGUUGUCCCUUUUAUUAGUCUUAAUGCUCAGUAAAACCCACAAAGGAAUAUAUUUCAUAAUAUAUAUAUAUAUCAUAACAUCAUAUAUAUUCAUAGUCUGCGAUAGCAGACAGAUCGCAGACAGCUGGGGGUCUAUAUAAUAUAUCCAUAACAUCUUUUUAAAGGGAAAUUGGGAAAGUCAUCUGAUUUAGCACCAAGUGCAGGUGAAAAUGGCAUAGAAAUCCUUUGGGACAACAACUCACCAAGUCCAACAACAACUAUUGCUUUAGGUAAGGCUAUAUCAUAUUUCAUGGGUAGAGCUGUGCAAACUCCGGUUAUUUUAGCUCCGGCAGUCAAAACUCCGGCUCCUCCCCUGGCAAGGAAAUUUUAAGGAAAUUUCAUAUUCAAAAGUAGAAGCAGGCAAAAGUAUUUCAGUGUAAUUUCAGAAUUUAUUUUAUUCCUUUUCGUGUUUUCUCCUUUACUUAUCAAAUAUCUGUACUUCGGUGCUUGUUUAAACAAUGUUUUGUAGAAAGUAAAAUUUAAACUGCAUGGCAUUGUAGUGUUUUUGCCCAAAAUAUCCCAGGGCUCUGGUACUCCGGCUCCGACGCACAGCUCAUAGGCUGAUCUAGGAGUUGACCACUUGCUGGUCCACUGAUGAACCUGUAAAAUAAUAUUUGCAUCAUCAUUUAAGUUGCAGUAGUGAAGCAUACUAAAUAAAAUCUUGCUUGCCAGAACCCUUUGGCCCGCCCUUCCCCCUGCCAGAACCCCUUGGCCCGCCCUUCCCCCUGCCAGAACAGCCUUAGUUUGGUAGUUCAAUGGGCCACUCUCAUGCAAAAUUGACCUUCUACAAUCUUCAGCCUUCAUCCCUUAGAUAUAAUAAGCAUCAGUAUUCAUUCGCAUGUUUUAUUGCUGUUACGUAUUGCAUUAUUCAAUAUUUCUAGCAGGUAAACGAAGACGAAAACAAAAUACAACUAGAGCUGAAGAAACCCCUGUGACAGAUGUUUCAUUUGUCGUGCAAAAACUGAGUGAAAAUGUAAUUAGUACAUUAUUUUAAACUAGUACUAAAUGACAUUGAUAUGUACCUAUUUGAUUAAAGUUUACUAGUCGUAUAAGUUCUUACGGGAACCACUCAGUAUUUUAAGAAAAUACAAAACAACAGUAACUCCGAAAAACAUUUUGAUUUUUAAUCGACAUUUCGACUAGUUUGUAGUCAUCCUCAGGAUUAAGAAUAAUCAACUAGUCGAAACGUCGAUUAAAAAUCAAAAUGUUUUUCGGAGUUACUGUUAUUUUGUAUAAGUUCUGUUUAAUCCAUCAGUGCUAGCACUUUCCCGAAUGAGUAAAAUUGUCUAGCCUUAGACAGAGUAAAAUUAUAGAGAGAAUUAGUGUGCAAUUCAACUUAAUGGGCUAACUAGACACAUAUGAACAACAAGCUUUCGUUGGUGGGGAUGCAAUUACCUGAAAAAUAUAAGGAGAAUUUUGACAUUUCGAGCGAAGGCCCUUCAACGUUUCGAGUGAAGACCAGGGCUACGAAAUUCUCCUUGUAAUUUUCAGAUAGUUGCAUUCCUACCAACGAACGCUUGUUCAUAUUAUCGACACUACCUACACUCGCACAGACACUUCAAGAUUAUGACUAGACACAUAUAGUCUGAGUGACCUAUUGAGCGCCAACACUCUCCUCUUGCCCUUGAUGAGUAAAAUUGUCUGGUGUUAGACAGAGUAAAGUAAUAAAGUAGAGUGCAAUAUGUCACUUGUUGAGUUAACUUAGGUCUGUUUCUGCUUAAAUCUCUCAGUAAAUUAUCCUUCAAACGUAAAUUAAAACAACAAGUAAUUUCUGGUUAUGAUGAUUAGUCUUUGCCUUACAAAGGUGAAUUUACAAUUUUAGUAAAUGGGUCAUACACUGUUUAAUAUUUAUUGUUUAAUGUAUUUUUGUUGUAAUUCGUUGAGCUUUGGUUAAUUGUUUGUAUUAUUUAUUUGUCAAAUCUGCCUCUUUAAUUAUGCUUUAUGUUUAUAUACUUGUCGUUUUAAAGGCCAACUGUCUCGAAUAGCCCCUAUGGAUACUACAGUUGCCCUGCACUAUACUGUUAUUUAAUUUUCGUUUUUGUAAAUACUUCCCUUGUAAUUGUUAAUUUCCCGUGUAAUUGUUAAUUUCCCGAUUGCAUUAGAAACAACAGACAAUGAGGCAUUUCAGCUGAUGAUCUAUUGUUUUUAAUGCGUUCGACACAUGAGAAGGGCAACGUUUGAAACAGGCCCAAGUUUAAUUCAUGGUAGUUCAUUUUAAAAUCCUAUCAAGUCAAGACUUUGAUGUCUUCUAUUUCAGACAUCGCCAGUGGUGGAUCAAGGUCAUUCUGCUUUGUUGGAAAUGUGGAUAAACAAAGAAGAUCAAAAGAAGAAUGGUCAUGCGUGUGAUGAAGAGUUUACAUCUCCGCCAUUUCGACAAACUAGAUACAAGAAGACCACAAGCCCACUUUCUACUCCUUUGAUUCAGAGGUUGUUUAGAAGAAAUAAUCUUUAUUGUGAUUUCAAUACACCCUUUCGAUAAUUACGUCACAACUACACUGUUUUCAACUUAGGACCACCUUAAAUGUAAAGGAUUCGAGUUUUUUUUCUCAUGGGCUAUGCACAGAGAAGCAAAACAUCCUUCAACACAUGGGCGAAAAAAUUUGGAUUUUGAUCAAUAAAUAUAGAAAUAGGCAUUAACACGAAAAUGAGGUCAUGACCUGGAGCCUCGUUUUCGUGUUAAAGCUUAUUUCCACAUUUAUUGGUCAAAAUAAAAAAUAUUUUUAUGCAUGUGUUGAAGAAGGAUGUUCUGCUUCUCUGUGCAUAGCCCAUGAGAAAAAACAACUUGAAAUCCUUUCCAUUUAAGGUGGUCCUAAGUUGAAAACAGUGUAGUUGUGGCGUAAUUAUCGAAAAAGUGUAUUAAUUUUGCAAGGCCCCAAACUUUUGAAUGCCUUUUGAGUGGUGGUUGAAUUGUGUACCAAGCUGUAACAAUAAUUUACAACCACGAAGUGUAAUGUCCUUUUUCCUUUAUUCCAACUACAGGAGAACAUCGAAGCGACAAAGUCGAAGAGCGACAAGGCAGUUUAUGCUUGAAAUACGCCAGUUGGUUGAUGAGAUUCAGAAGAACGGUGAGUUCCCUAAAAUUGUUGAAACAGUGUUUAAAAUUACCUUGUAGAAAUCACAUUAUGUGCUUGUUUUGUUACGUUAGAUCUGAGUGGUAGCAGUCAAAGUCAGAAAGAAAUUCAAUGUAAAAUUAGUGAUGAUCGACCCCAGGUGAAAAGGUAGGUCAAAACUACACACGCGUUUUAAAAUUAUGUAAUUCAACCAAACCACUGGACGGUGAUAGAGAAGAAUUUGGUUAUUCCUAAAACAUUUCUCACGGCACUUUCAAGUUGUACCUAAACUAAAUUUUCACUAAAUUUCAGAGCGAAGACAAACGAUAAAUCUGCUAAAAAGGUAACACCAGUGACUCAAUCUUUAACGAACCAACCUUGCAACACGAAGCUCACCAGUACUACCAUACCAGGUACGAGCAUUUCCGGACCAAGUACGACUAGUUCCGGACCAGGCACGACAAUUUCCGGACCAAAUACGACUAUUUCCGAACUCUUGCAUGAUAGUUUUGAGUGGACUGAGGAUGACAUGGACGAGCUAAUCCUUACAUGUCGACUAAGUAGUUCCGGUAAGGGAUCCCUAACUGUCCCAGAUCCCCCUAGACCACAAUGUGGGGCGAGUCCUUCGCAAGUUAUUUUUGUACCAGAGACGCAACUCACGCAAAUGCCGUCUCGAACAACUCGCACGGAGACGCAGAUGCAACCAACGCAAAUUUUGUUUCACGAGGAGAAAUCGAAACUGAAUACCAAUGAGGUUGUCUUGAAUACUAAUCAUUCUGCUGAGCAUGCGCAGGAGGUGCCUGAGCAGAAAGACCUCGUGGACAAAUGGGAAUUUAAUUUUGACGAAGAUGAUUCGCUACUCGCAUCAGCUGCGCAAGAAUUCGAGUUAUCGCAAGAAGCGAUCACCGCAAAGCCUAAAUGCUCUCCGAAAAAACAAGACAUUGAAGGUAAACAGUUUGACAAGGUACCAACAGCGAAAACGAACUCGACAAGUUUGCUUGGGGAAGGAAAUUUUGCUAAGAUGACUAGCAGCAAUAAAGGAAUUGUGGAUGUUUCAUCUAGUAACGUGGCGACCCCACGUACGAAAACGAAAUUAAGCCUAAGACGAACUACACCCAAAGCAGCCACAUUAUUCGACACGCGUGCAAACGAAAAUCGUUAUCCUCGAAAUAACGUGCGCACGCAACUACGCACUAACCAAGGCGCAUCUUCACCUCUGCAAAAUAUACCAAGGAACUUGAGUUAUCCGCCUGAAAAGCCGUCUCGACUGCAGACAAACUUGGAAAUAUCGAAGGAGACUUGCUCGAAGCAAACAACAGCUGCAAAGAACUAUAGUUCUGUACAUAACAUUGUGAAAGAAUGCAAGCCAAAUUUUAUAGAUAGCAAUGUAAAAACAAGUGUCUCAAAAGAACGCAAGUCAAGUUUAUUACAGGGCCAAAACUCAAGUGUAAAACAGAAUAACAAAGUUCAGGAAAAUGAGUUGGAUUUUCUGUUGUGCGAAGAUAAUUUUGCUGCAUUGUUGGAUGAUUUCAAUUUUGACGGUAAGUAAUAAUUUUGACUUGGUGUAUGGUAUAGGAUUCAGUGGCGAAGCCAGUUCGACUAUUUAGUCCCGCUAUGCAAAUAUUUCCGUGUUCAUAGAUCGUGAAAACAACCAAUUUCUAAAGAAAUGAAUAAUGAUUUAAUAUUUGCAUAGCAUGACCAAAUUGUCGUGCUGGCUUCGCCACUGAUAGGAAUGUUGAUUUGAGUGAAUUGUUAUUUAAUGUAUAGUAAGAUUCAAUAAGCUAGCGCUACGGACCAGAAGAUAGGAAUCUACCUCAGAAACUAUCACACUUCUAAGAGCAAGCAAAUUAAGCUACAAUUUUCAUUUCUAUUUCUUUCAACCAAAUACAAGACUAGCAGCCUAGACCUAGCCUUCUAUUAUUAUUAUUUAAUAUUCAGCGCUUUUUCACAUAAGAGGACUGGGACCUAGGCGAUUUACAUGGUGAUACUUUCCCAGUCCUCUCAUGUGAAAAAGCGCUGAAUAUUAAAAAUAAUAAUAAUAGAAGGCUAGGUCUAGGCUGGUAGUCUUGUAUUUGGUUGAAAGAAAUAGAAAUGAGAAUUGUAGCUUAAUUUGCUUGCUCCAAGAAGUGUGAUAGUUUCUGAGGUAGAUUCCUAUCUUCUGGUCCGUAGCGCUUCCUGGGACCGAGGAUGUAGCGCUUAUUGAAUCUUACUAUACACUAAAUAACAAUUCAUUCAGAUCAACAAUCCUAUCAGUGGCGAAGCCAGACAAUUAGCAAAUGCUAGCCCGAAAUUGACCAAACCUGCCCAAAGCCAGUCGAGUAAAGGCCUAUGUCUAGGCUGCAAGACUACUACAUUUAAGGUUACAGAACACCUUUGGGUGUUAAUUUUGCCUAAAAUUUUUUUAUUGGUUUCCAUGAAAGCAUUAGACUAGUUCUACUAUCUGACCAAGUUUGGACGAAAAAUGUUGAAAACUCGCAGAGUUAUUUAAUAAAAUACAUUUCGCUUGCAAUAAGAAAACAUUGAAAAUGUAAUAUUCAAAUUCAAUUUUCUCCGAAGAAUUUUACGGCAAUUACUAAUUUUUAAACGAGUUGUGCUCCUGCGGGUUUUAACGAAUUUUUCUCAAAUUUUCACAGGACAUAGCUAUUACGUCAGUUUCAAAAUUGUGUUCGGCUUUGUUCUAAUUUUGGAUAUUUUAAUAAUAAGGAGCAAUUCACACAAACGAUUCAGAAAUAUAUUGCAGUCGUCAAAGAAAUCGCCAUAUCAGCGGAAUGACGAAAUAAACAGAAAUUUCCGAACACAAUUUUUUAGAACAACUAUUUUACUGUAUAAAAAUGAUAUUUUCAUAAAUAUAUCUUAAAACCAGCAGGAACAUAACUCAAAAGCGUAAAGGUACUGCGACUUAAGAUUUUCCUGAAUAAUUCUUACAUUAUUUUAUUGUUUGUCAAUUAUACAACUUUAUCAUAUUUUGCAUGCACUGGCUAACAUCUGGUGAAAAUUUGAUGAAAAUCGGACUGAUUUUGAGCGCGCAGUAGCGAUUUUCCACAAAACGCCAAAAAGGGUGUCCUGUAACCUUAAUGAAAAGAAUGAACGUUUUCUCACUCUGAUAACUGCAGGUUGACCAACAUCUGCUGCACGAUAGUAGCCAAACUCGUGCUCUAUUUUCAUACAACCAUGAGCCUUUUUAUACUAAGUUAUAUCUGUAUCUUUACUUUACUUUAUAGAUGUCCUAACAGAAGCCAUGACACAAGCGCCAACAAAGACUCCAGCCACAACUAAUUUCCCCAAACCAUGCAACAACAACUCCGCACCUAAACUAACUACCGUCAGUCAAAAGAAAUAUUCAAAGGAUGAAAUUGAGCGAAAACGUCUGGAAGCACAACGAAGACGUCUUGCAAAGGUUAAGCAGAAAAAUUCAACACAAUUCAGUUUUGCCAGGAUCUCUAAGAGAUAAAAAAUUGUAAAUGUAGGGGCGUUAGAGACUCUGAUCUGACCAGAACAUGCGGGUCCAAUUAGGAGGUGAAUUUUGAUCUUUCCAUCAAAUAAGAGACAAGAAAUCUUGCUGUCAAUGGUCUGAGCACGUGGGUGGGAAGCGUGUGAGGCAAAAGGGUUACUCUAGUAGUAUGUUUGUACACCACAGAAGAAAUGAAGCUGUCAGUAGAGACAAAAAAUUGCAAGACAAUAGAGUAUAUAAUUAUAUCGUUUGUAAUUUAGCAAUUGAGACAAUUAUUCAUUUUGUUAUUUGGGUUUGUUCGUUGUUCAAUAUUGAAGUCUGGUUUCUAUCAAGUCGUAUCAUGGCCACUGACCAGCUUCUAUGUACGGUGUGAAUAUCACUAUUUUCUUAUUGCAAAAAUAUAUCGACAUUACAUCAAUCACCUUGAUUGUGACCAUCGCGACAAAAUGGAAAUCAGGCUUUACCAUGUAUGAAAUUGUAAAUAGAAAAAUUGAUAUUGUGGUCCACAUAAAUGUGCAAAGCGACUAGAAAAUUAAAUUUCUUAAAGCUUAACUUAACUAAAUCUCUCCUUACUUAGCUCUAUUAGUUCUAAACUGUUCUUCCUAGAGGUGUAGUAGUUAGGGCCAUUCCUGCAUACUGCAAGAAUCCAUCCCCAGUUACAGAAGUGAAAGGAACACACACUAACUACUGAGUCAACAAAUUACUCCAAUUCUCCUUUCGAAUAUUUUUAAUUUUGUGUUAUGUGUUAUCAUCGUUCAAAUGAUUUAUAAAUCCAAACUAAAAAUCUCUAGAUUAGAUUAAGUUUGUUUUGCUGCUGCAGCGUUGGGCUUUUUGUCUUUUUUGAACGAUCCCAUCAUGUUUACAAAUGACGAGACAAGUGGCAUGAAGUCCAUAAGGGCAUCAAGAGGUCCUUUUUUCUUUACUUUAGUUUGUUCUGCCAAAUCUAUGAAAUCAAAAUUUAAAUAUUAAUUAAAUGCUUGGCCAGAGAUCGCAAAGGACACUCGAGUUGCGAUGUUGUGUUGUAGUACUUGUUAUACUACUUUCAGAAGGAUAAAUUGUAAAGCGCUGCAUGGGUAGGACGAAGAAGAAUAGAAAAAUGAAACGGACAAUAAUGGUAAAAUUCCAAAAAUAAAAUUAGAAAGAUAAAUACUAAAGAAAGAAUCAUGUGGCUACUUGUCGAGAGGUGAAGGUGCUACAGAAACUAUACCCUAGAGACGACAGUUUGCCUCCUCCAACUAUAGAAAUGGGGUGUUCUCCCCUGGGAGGCUGCCUACUUAUGUAUUCGGCAACCCAGAUCUUGUAAGAAAGAAAACAAAAAUAUUUAAAAACAGCCAAAGGGAAACGACCAAGGGUUCCACCCACCUUUGGCCAUCUUAGCGUUCCUCUCUUGCACAGUUUUGACAAUUUCCACCAUUUGUUUUCGUUCUUCGGCCGCUUCCUCUCGCACCAUUUUGACACUUUCUUCAAUGAACUUCAUAUUCUUGUUUGUCAUCACUUGUAAUGUGUUGACAUUCUUCGUCAUUGUGCUUUCCAUCAGCUCCAUCUGUUCUCGCAUACGUUGAAUGUACGCCUCUCUGGAUAAGAUUUAUAAACUAUUUUAGUUUC